CAGUAACUUUCUCCUUUUCGCAUUUAAAUGUGUGUCCAUUUCUGCUCAUUCAGUGAGGGGAAAGCGGUGCCCUAUUUACAGGGUGUUUCCGGAUCCGGCCAGCAGCAGAAUUCGGAGAAUAUUGUAUUUUUCUGGGAAUCUACCAAACACCUAUACUGCCAAUGUCCUGAGAAGGCUAGCUUUUAGCUGCUGGCAUACACACCAACUUCCACCAACCAUAUCGGCUACAAGAAGCUGCUUCUCUGCCAUGGCAGAAAUGCAAGAUAGUCACAAUGAAAUGGAGUUGUACUCCCCAAAUCCAGAAGUACGUGGGAUGACUUGUCUAAAUCGGGAUGCUUUCGAUAAAACCAUACACGUUCCAGUAAUCAAAAUAAAGAAAGAAAUAAUAAAUAGACUCAUGAAGUCCCUUAAACACAGACUCAUCCAAAGACCUAGCCUAAAAAGAGUCAUUGAGGAUCCAAAAGAUGAUGUCAACAAACUGGUCUUAUUGGACCCUUAUAAAGUGAAAUCCAUAGAUUCAUUUGAUGAAAGUGAUCAUGUACUUUUUAAACAGUUUGAUGUCAACCCUCAGGUAUCUCAGUAUGAACUGCAGCUCACUUAUGAAAACUUUAAAUGUGAAGAAAUCUUAAGGGCAGUGUUACCUAAAGGCCAAGAUGUUACAUCUGGAUUCAGCAGGGUUGGGCAUAUUGCUCAUAUGAACCUCCGAGACCAUCAGCUUCCAUACAAAAAUGUAAUUGGUCAAGUUAUAUUGGACAAGAAUCCAGGUAUUACCUCUGUCGUAAAUAAAACCAACACAAUUGAUUCAACGUACAGGAAUUUCCAGAUGGAAGUGUUGGCUGGUGAAGAAAACAUGAUAACAAAGGUUAAGGAAAACUAUGUCACUUAUGAAUUUGACUUCUCCAAAGUCUAUUGGAAUCCACGCCUCGGCACAGAGCACAACCGUAUCAUUGGAUUUUUAAAAGCCAGGGAUGUGCUGUUUGAUGUGUUUGCCGGUGUGGGACCUUUUGCUGUUCCUGCUGCCAAAAAAAACUGCACUGUGUAUGCUAAUGACCUGAAUCCAGAAUCCUAUAAAUGGUUACUACAUAACUGCAAGCUUAAUAAAGUAGAAAAAAGGGUCCAGGCAUUUAACACUGAUGGAAGAGACUUUAUAAAGACAACUAUAAAGAAAGAACUACUUAAAUAUGCAGAUAUGCCCUCUGCAGAGGAGAAACCCAGUCUUCAUAUUGCUAUGAAUCUGCCAGCACUAGCUGUGGAAUUUCUUGAUGCCUUCAAAAACCUGCUUGAAGAAGAGCCAUGCAACAGUUUCAUUCUGCCAACUAUACACUGCUACAGCUUCUCAAAAGAUGAUGACCCUCUGCAGGACGUGAAAGCAAGAGCAGAGUCUUUUCUAGGAACAACUUUAGAAGAUUGCUCUAUGCACCUUGUGCGUAAUGUCGCACCAAACAAAGAGAUGGUUUGCAUUAGUUUCAAGCUACCCUCUUCUGUGCUUUUCCAAAGGCUGUCAGACACAGGUGAACCGGAGUCAAAACGGCCUCGAACAGCUGAAGAGAGUAAAGUGGAUUAAAAGGCAUCGGUGCUGCCAUUGUGAAACUAGCAUUUCUUUUGUUUUGAUUUUUAAAAAUGUCACAAUUUUAUUUUGUAUUAAUCAGAUACACAUCCAGUAAAGUAAUUUUUAGCUACAGUCUUA